UCCCGCCCCAGUCCAGCCCCGGAUCCAGCCCCGCGAUGUCGCCGCGCACCGCCCGCCUGGCGCGGCUGUCGCGCUCCGUCACCUUCAGCGCCUGCCACCGCCUGCACAGUAAAUCACUGAGUGAUGAAGAAAACCUGAAGCUCUUUGGGAAAUGCAACAACCCAAAUGGCCAUGGACACAACUACAAAGUGACAGUCACAGUGCGUGGAGAGAUUGACCCAGUCUCGGGAAUGGUUAUGAACCUGACAGACCUGAAGGAAUACAUGCAGGAGGCCGUCAUGGAACCGCUGGACCACAAAAACCUGGACAAGGACGUGCCGUUCUUCGCCGAGGUGGUGAGCACCACGGAGAACGUGGCCGUGUUCAUCUGGGAGAGCCUGCAGAGGCUCCUGCCCCCCGGGACCCUCUACAAGGUGAAGGUGCACGAGACGGAGCAGAACGUGGUGGUUUAUAAAGGGGAAGAGGCAAAGGCUGGGGAGUGAAAUGAGAGCCUCAGCUCAGCUGGUC